AUGCGACAAGAAGCAGAAACUGUUGAAAAGAACAAGGCUUUUAGAUCUCAUCGUGGAAUGUGUUUUGAAGGCUCGAUCAUGAUGGAUGGUACCUCGGUGUCAGUUUACUUGAAACAUCCUGAAGCUGACAAGUAUGGAAAGUGCGGCGGUGGGAAAAAGUCGGCAAAGACCUUAGAAGCUGAGGUGAAGGCAGUAUAUGUGGAGAACAACUUGCCUGCUUGUCGAGCAGCAGAGAACUUUGUCAUUAUCGACACAAACAAGCAUGAUCUUCUCUACUGCCAAGACAGCAAUGGUAUGACAUUCCACUACACCACCAACCAGUGA